AUGGGCAUUGUUCCCUUUGCCUUUCUAAAACGGGAAAAACCUACAAAAAACCUAUAAAAUCUGUAGUCCCAACAGUGUUUCCACUAUGAGGGAAAAUUCCCCUUUUAAGGGGAAAUUAGGGUCCAGAGGGGAAGAAAGAGGGGAAAGAUAUGAAAGAAGAAGAAAGGGAAACUGCGGGAAAUUAUGGGUAAAGCUUAGCCUAAAAUAAUGCGGCACGGAACAAAAUUUUUAUGGACUAUACCGUGGACUAGAGUAUUGCCGUAUAAAAGAAACUGUGUCAACACGUGCAGAUUUUAUACAUUUUAUUUAUCUGUUACAGAAUAAGAUAGAUUAAGACCUUUUUUCUUCUUUAGUUACUACACUAGUGCCAAAUCUAAAAACUACAGCAGAAUAAUUUUUGAGGGGAAAAUGUCUUAAGAAGGGGAAAUCUGAAUUGAGGCAUGGGGAAAGGAAAUCAUUAAAGUGGAAACACUGAGUCCCAAAGAGAAAAGGUUUAUAUUAGUCCUGUCAGAUCAUUGACUGCUAUGAUGAAAGACAGAUUUAAUUUUGCAUUAAUUUUUAUUAAUAAAUAUUAUUAACUCCUAAACGAUAUGGUCUAAACAUAACGGUUAGGUAGUAUACAUUUCCCACAGUUUAUUUUGAUGCAAGAUGUUUUCCCAGUGAAAUCUGUUACUUAUUGUAAAAACAGUCAUGGGAUCUAUGCGACCAACUGGACGGUUCCUUUCUUUCACCAACAACAUACAGAGAACACAAAAACAAUCUGUGCCCAGUGGUUUUCCACAAAGCCUGUCAGGUAGUGAAACUGAUGUCUCAACGUCUAAUGAAAAUUUAUCUAGAGAAGAACGCUAUGUGGUCCGACACACUGCUCGAGUAGAGCCUCAAGGACAAGAGAAUCAAACUGAACCUAACAACAAUAAUAGAAAUUCACUCAAGGAUAGUGUGCCAGGUAGUAAUCGAAAUUCUCUAAAAGACUCAGUGGGUGGAGGAAACAGUAAUAGAAGUUCUUUAGAUGUAUCUUCUUCUUCUUAUAAUACUCUCAUUAUACACAACCAGGAUGAUUCAUGGCCCCCGAGACCAACACCUAUUCGUGAACAUGAACGAACUAGCAGUGAAAUUAAGCAUCCUACCACUCAAUCUUCCCCAUAUCACACCCUGAAGAAGAGUGAAGUGGGGAAAAAGCCUAGUGGCAUACCAUUGCCUAAAGUACAUAAAGAACAAGCUGUAACUGCCACAGCUAACUAUAUUGACAUCGGUGGACAGCGAAUAUAUACAAGUCCCCCUGAUCAUGGUGUUCAGGAAAUUACCGAAAUACCAGACGACUUUUUAAACCAGUCAUCAGUGUUGAAGCACCUGGCGAAAGAGGUCACGCAAUCUCCUAGUCCACGGGGGCCGACUCCGCCUGCAUCCCCGCGAGCUCCUUCCAUUCCCCGGGAGGAAGCCCACAAACCCAAAUCCAAGGGCUCCAAAGCCAAAUUGAGCAAGGAAAAACUCAAUUUGUCACGCUCACAACCUGAUCUUACUAGCGUUGGCGUACGCGCGGUGCCAGGCGGGUCUGAGUCAAGCGGAUGGUGCAGCGGCGGGGAGGGCUCGCUGGAGGAAACCGACGAUGCGUUCGCGGCCGUACUCGACGCACUCGCUGCUGAGAACCAUACGCUCAAGCGACAGCUGGCCGACGCAUGCGAGCGGGUCGCUAAGACAACCAAGCUAGAAGAGGAAGUGGAGAAAGUCCGCACCGCGCACGAGGAACUGGUGCGAUCGUGCGAGCGACGCGAGCGACUCGAGCGAGCGGCGCGCGUGCGGCUGCAGGCCGACUGCCGACGACUGCAGGAGCUGAACCGCGCGCUCAAGCAACAGGUGGAUUUACUAUCACAAGGCGUACGAACCGAAAACGACAAUAGUGCAGAAGCUUUGCGUAAAGAACUUCAGAACCGGGAGAUGCUCAUUUCACAGCUCAUAACACAAAAUAAAGAGCUAGCAUGUGCGAAAGAGCGUCAAGAGAUCGAAAUGGCGGCACAACGCGCCACUUUACAAGAACAACGCACCCACAUCGAUAUACUCGACACGGCAUUAACCAACGCGCAAGCCAACGUAGUACGGCUAGAGGAUGAGUGUCGUCACGCUAGCGGGUACGUGGAGCGCGUGAUGGGGCUGCAGAGGGCACUGGCGUCGCUGCAGCAGGCCUCCGACCGACGCGAGCACACCGAGCGGAAGUUGAGGGCGCAGCUGGAGAAGGAGUUGCAGACGCUCAGACAACGGGAGUGUAACUGCGGCGGCAAUGGAAUGGGGCAGCCGGGUAGCAACAGUGGCGGAGGCGGCGGCGGCGAAGCUGAAUUACGAAGACAGCUGCGAGAAAGGGACGAACGACUGCUCGCGUUAGAGGGAGAGUGCGCCAAGUGGGAGCAGCGCUACCUCGAGGAGGCGGCGCUGCGACAGGCUGCCGUCUCCGCUGCCUCCAUACCCAAGGACGCAAAAAUAGCAGCCCUCGAAAAGACUUCUGCGGAAUCCGAAAGGUUGAUGGCAGAAGCGCGGAGCGAGAAAAUACGACACAUGGACGAACUGCAUCUCGCACAGAAGAAAGUCGCUGACCUAGAGAGCAGGGUGAAGGAGUUAGAGUCCAAAGUGGCAGAACGCGACGCCAUGAUCAAAGUGCUGCAGAAGCAUACGAGCUCCGCGUACGAUAGCGGCGCUUCGCUGCGGAACAACUCCAGCAGGGAGGAGCUGGUGGGCCUAUCAUCUGGGGCGUCGUUCUCGAGCGCAGAAGGCGUAGGCGGCGUGGCUCGGUACCGGCACCUGGCGCGCCGCAACUACUCGCCGCACAACGACAACGCGAGCGGUUGUGGGUUCGACAGCUCAUCAUUGCGGCUGGAGUCGCAGCUGGCCGCGCUGGAGUCUCGCCUGGAGCGGCCGCCAGUUCCCGCCGUGAGUUACCGUCCGCCCGAUCCGAGACCCCACGCCUCCUACUACUAAACUAAACAGGCUAUUUGAGAAUAUGAAAUACAGAAGAACGCCGAUAAUCCGAAUUAAUUGGAACCGGGGUCGAUUCAUCAUGUCAGCCGUACGACGCCUACUGCUGAGCAUAGGCCUCCACACCGAUCGGUCCUGCGCCACUCGCAUCCAUCGGCUUUCGGGGUCGAUUCGGAUAAUCGGACAUAGACUCGUAAUAUAGAAAAACAAACUGUCACACAUACAAUAAACCUUAUUAAGAGGAACAAACACAGUUCUACAAUACUAAAUACAAUAAUAGAGGUACAUAUGUAGUAGCAAAAAAAAACCGUGCGGGGCAAAAACUUGCCUCCAGCUUUCAACCAUAAUAAUUGAAGUAUAUCUGGAUUCCAGGGAGUUCCAAAUUGUUACAACAAAACAAAGAUAACUUGGUUUAAAUGCUUUUAUUUUACGCUUAGCACCGAUUCGGAUAAUUGGUGAUUCGGUUAAUCAGCGUUUGGAUAAUCGGCGUUCUACUGUAUAAAGAAAGAAAUAAUUUUAUUGGCCUUAAAUAAUAAGAUUACACAAAACAAAAGCAAUAACAAAGAAAGGCCAAGUAGGUCCCAACAUAGUGCCACAGCGACGCCAGGGCCGCUGCGGCGUUCUGGCAGGGCCAUAAAGUACUAAUUGGUGGCACCUCUCUUUCAAAUGAAUAUUAGCAGCGAUUUUUUUACUGGGUCUGCGAGAGCAAAUUAUUAAUAACGUUUUCCAAAAAAUUUUUGAACAGAAAUGAUUUUUCUGUUUUUCGGUCACGUGACCGAAAGUAGUGUGAUGUCACACGCAAGUAAACUUCCGGGCAAAGUGACAUUACAUUGUACCAUUUGACGUUUUAAUGACAGUCGUGUGACGUCACAUACUAGUGAGACGCCAAUGCACGCCAUAAUGUUCAGAGAAACGUUUUCGCGGCAACG